AUGGCGAAGAAAGAACAACAACUAGAAGUCCUGAAUGCAUUAGACAUCGCGAAAACACAAUGGUACCAUUUUACUGCCAUCAUAGUCGCAGGCAUGGGCUUCUUCACCGAUUCCUACGACCUCUUCUGCAUCUCGCUCGUCACCAAACUCAUCGGCCGCAUUUACUACCAUCAACCCGGCGAUGUUAAACCCGGAAUCCUCCCUCCAAACGUCUCCGCCGCCGUUAACGGCGUCGCCUUAUGCGGUAGCCUCGCCGGCCAGCUCUUCUUCGGUUGGCUCGGCGAUAAACUCGGCCGCAAGAAAGUCUACGGACUAACACUAAUGCUCAUGGUCAUCUGCUCAAUCGCUUCCGGUCUUUCAUUCGGGAGCAGUGCUAAAAGCGUGAUGGCCACGUUAUGUUUCUUCAGAUUUUGGCUGGGGUUUGGAAUUGGGGGAGAUUAUCCUCUGUCUGCUACUAUUAUGUCGGAAUAUGCAAGUAAGAAGACUCGUGGUACUUUUAUCGCUGCUGUUUUCGCAAUGCAGGGGUUUGGUAUACUCGCUGGUGGAGCUGUUGGAUGUAUUGUGUCGGCCGCGUUUAACAAAGCUUUUCCUUCUCCGGCGUAUGGUUUGAAUCCGACGGGAUCUGUUGUUCCUGAGGCUGAUUAUGUUUGGAGGAUUAUAUUGAUGUUUGGUGCUAUUCCGGCUGCCAUGACUUAUUAUUGGCGGAUGAAGAUGCCCGAAACUGCUAGAUAUACUGCUUUGGUUGCUAAGAACACAAAACAAGCAGCGGAAGACAUGUCCAAGGUACUGCAAGUGGAAUUACAAGAAGAUCCGGAGAAAGUGGAAAGAUUGACCAAAUCAAGCGGAGGAAAAGAAUUUGGAUUGUUUUCGAAGAAAUUCCUGAAGCGACAUGGACUCCAUCUGCUAGGAACAGCGACAACAUGGUUCUUACUAGACAUUGCUUACUACAGUCAAAACCUGUUUCAAAAAGAUGUAUUCAGCGCAAUCGGAUGGAUACCCAAUUCGAUAACGAUGAACGCAAUCGACGAGGUCUUCCACAUUUCACGUGCCCAAACGUUAAUCGCUCUGUGUAGCACGGUCCCUGGAUAUUGGUUCACGGUGGGGUUAAUCGACACGAUGGGUCGUUUCGCAAUUCAACUAAUGGGGUUCUUCUUCAUGACUGUUUUCAUGUUCGGCCUCGCGAUUCCUUAUGACCAUUGGAUGAUUAAGGAGAAUCGAAUUGGGUUUGUGGUAAUGUAUUCGUUGACUUUCUUUUUUGCCAACUUUGGGCCGAAUGCGACGACUUUUAUUGUUCCGGCGGAGAUAUUUCCGGCGAGGUUGAGGUCUACUUGUCAUGGGAUAUCUGCGGCGGCCGGGAAAGCUGGGGCGAUUGUUGGUGCGUUUGGGUUUUUGUAUGCAGCUCAAAGCCCUGAUCCGAAGAAGACGGAUAAAGGGUAUCCGGCUGGGAUUGGGGUGCGGAAUGCUUUGCUUAUUUUGGGUGGGAUUAAUCUUUUAGGGUUCUUGUUUACGUUUUUGGUGCCCGAAGCUAAAGGGAAAUCACUUGAAGAAAUGUCUAUGGAGAAUCAACAUGAUGAUCAUGAUUAUGAACAACAACAAGCUGCAUCUGAAAACUCUGUUACUCCGGUUUAG